AUGGAUACGGUCGACCUUGCCCAUCAGCAACCGCCAGGAGUGCAACAACAUCCACCUGGCGUCAUCUACGCGCCAGUGUCGUCGGAUAUGAGCGCUAUCUCCCAAGGGGCUCCAGGCAUCAACCCAUGCGAUAUGUUAGCUGAGGCCCCCUGGGGACAGUGGUGGUCCCCCAGCGAUGCUGCGUUUGCCGAGUCGGCCAAUGUUACUGCUCCAGUACUUUUUGGUCAGGAGCAACACUUGUUUUACAACGAUCCCACCUUGAACCCUGAACAUCUGACACAAUGGGAUUAUCCUUCGACAUCCACACAAAGCUAUCCUCGUCUCUCACCAUCAACCGAAGCUACAAGCUGUGACAUUUCACCUGGCAAAAGUCGUCGAGCCUCUUCCGUAACUCAACCCGACAAACAACAACGCAAACGAAGCACAGCAGCGACAGUUAAACCCAAGUCCCAGCACUCAACCACAAGGUCGACAAGACGCGCUUCCACAAGAAAGGCAUCUGAAGCAGAACCCGACACGACUGCUGCCACGGAAAAGCGCAAAAGGGGUAGAAGGUCGAAAGUGUCGACCAAGCAAUCACCAAAGCCCGAACGAAACAAAGACUAUGACGACGAUGACUACGGUGACGCGGAAGCCGACCAAGAUCAAGAGUACGACAAUCACAGCAAAAAAGUGCAGGAGAGAAACCGAAUCGCGUCCAACAAGUUCCGCGUUAAGAAACGUGAGGACACCAUAAAGCUCCGGAUUGACGAGGAAGACAUAGAGCGAGCCAAUCGCGACCUGAAUAAUUGCGUAUCCGACUUGACGAUGGAGGUCUACGAUCUCAAGAUGAAGCUACUGCAGCACACAGACUGCGACUGCGCCUUGAUCAAAGACUACAUAGCGAGCGAGGCCAGGCGAUACAUCAAGGAUUUGGGUGAAGGCAAACAUCCUAAUGCAACGCCCCCUCUUCCACCACAACCGCCUUUUCAAUACAUGUAUCAUCAGCAUCAACUUCAGUAG